UAACCUGAACAAUUUUUGUAAAUUUUUUGUUUAUUUUUCACGUGUAGGCGCUGUAGGCCGUAGGCUUUAAAAUCUCACUCAAGAACUAAUUCGCGAUGUCGGAUAAUGAAGAUAUGGAAGUUUCUAAUGAAGAUAACGAGGAAAUGGAAGAUACAGCGGUAAAUAAUUCGGAAAAUGAGGUUUAUUUGCCGGGAAAACCUCUAGAAGAAGGUGAAGAGCUAAUAUGCGAUACCAGUGCGUAUGUAAUGUACCACCAAGCGCAAACCGGUGCUCCAUGUUUAAGUUUUGAUAUAAUACGAGACAGUGCAGGAGAGGAUAGAGAGACGUUCCCUUUAACUGCCUACAUAGUAGCAGGAACGCAAGCACCCCAAACUCAUGUCAACAAUGUAAUUGUAAUGAAACUGUCGAACUUACAUCAAACAGGUAAUACUAAAAAUGAGGACGAUGACGAUUUGGAAGACGAGGAUGAAUCAAAGAAUCCCAAAAUGGCUGGGGCACUAAUAAAACAUCAGGGUUGUGUUAAUAGAGUUAGGAGUACAGUUAUAAAUAACAACAUUGUGGCGGCAACUUGGAGCGAAUUGGGUAGAGUUAACAUAUGGAACUUGAUGAUACAAUUACAGGCUAUUGAUUCAGACCAGCUUCUUAUGAAAUAUAACAGAGAGAACAAAGCAAGCUCUGCUUCUCCUCUUUAUACAUUUACAGGACACUCCAAGGAAGGUUUUGCUAUGGACUGGUGUGAAACUGUACCUGGGGUUUUAGCAACUGGAGAUUGUAAAAAAGAUAUUCACAUUUGGACACCAUCUGAAGCAGGGACGUGGAAAGUUGAUCAGAGACCUUUAAUUGGACAUACAGAUUCAGUUGAAGAUCUUCAAUGGUCCCCAAAUGAAAGAAACGUACUGGCCAGUUGUUCAGUAGAUAAAAGUAUCAGAAUAUGGGACACAAGAGCUAAUCCUACCAAAGCGUGCAUGAUAACUUGCAAUGAUGCACAUCAAAGCGAUGUUAAUGUGAUAAGCUGGAAUAAAAAUGAGCCAUUUAUUGUUAGUGGUGGAGAUGAUGGGUUCCUUCAUGUCUGGGAUUUAAGAAAAAUUCAAACCAAAACACCUUUAGCCACAUUUAAGCAUCACCUUGAACCAGUGACUACGGUGGAAUGGCAUCCAAAAGAUUCAGCUGUUUUUGCAUCCGGUGGAGAAGAUAAUCAAAUUGCUUUGUGGGAUUUAUCCGUUGAAAAAGAUUCAGAGACUGAAUCAAAUGAAAUUGAAGGGGUACCACCACAACUAUUGUUUAUUCAUCAAGGACAAAAAAAUAUCAAGGAACUACAUUGGCAUCCCCAACUCACCAGUGUCCUCAUUAGUACAGCAGAGAGUGGUUUUAAUAUAUUUAGGACUAUUAGUGUUUAAAAAAAAAACGUAUUUUUAUCGAAUAUAUAUUAUAAGGCUUAAAAUAAA